GGCAAAUGCAAUCCAGGGUUUAUAUACAUCAUUGUUGGCAACGCGACUGCACCUUAUCAUUACAAGUAUUUGGUGUUCUGCACAGAUCAAGGAUAUGACAGCGACCUUAUAUUUGAUAAAGAAUUCUCUUGGUCUUCAGUGCACCAUCUGCAUGGAAACAUGGACACCACCUACAGAGGAGGAAUUGUAGUCAACAAUGUCCAGGAACUGUGAGCCUGGUCACUCAGUAAGGAUGUUAGCUGCUGUGGAACAUGGUCCCAUCCUCUGCAGCGACUCCAACAUCCUCUGCCUCUCCUGGAAGGGCCGGGUCCCCAAGAGCGAGAAGGACAAGCCGGUGUGCCAGCGGCGCUACUAUGAGGAGGGCUGGUUGGCCACAGGGAACGGGAGAGGGGUGGUGGGCGUAACGUUCACAUCCAGCCACUGCAGGAGAGACAGGAACACACCUCAGAGAAUCAACUUCAACCUGCGAGGACACAACAGUGAGGUUGUGUUGGUCCGUUGGAAUGAGCCCUUUCAGAAGCUGGCCACGUGUGACAUGGAGGGAGGCAUCUUUGUUUGGAUUCAAUAUGAGGGACGGUGGUCUGUGGAGUUAGUGAAUGACCGCGGUGCCCAGGUGAGUGACUUCACAUGGUCUCAUGACGGCAGCCAGGCCCUGAUCGCCUACCGGGAUGGGUUUGUCCUGGUGGGCUCGGUCAGCGGACAGAGACACUGGUCCUCAGAGAUUAACCUGGAGAGCCAGAUCACCUGUGGCAUCUGGACACCUGAUGACCAACAGGUGUUGUUUGGUACGGCUGAUGGUCAGGUGAUAGUGAUGGACUGCCAUGGUCGUAUGAUCGCCCACGUCCUCCUGCAUGAGUCAGAUGGCAUCGUCGGCAUGUCCUGGAACUGUCCCUGUUUCCUGGUGGAGGACAGCACAGAGAGCGACACCGACUCUGAUGACAAUAACCCACCUCAAGUACGUAACCUGAAGCCCCUUCUGACAGUCAGCUUCAUAUCAGGAGACAUCAGUUUGAUGAACAACUACGAUGACCUCGCUCCUACCGUCAUCCGCUCAGGACUCAAAGAUGUAGAGGUCCAGUGGUGCUCGCAGGGGGACCUCCUGGCAGUAGCUGGGAUGGAGAGACAUGGUGUCCCCGGACUCCCCUCUGACUCUAUCAUGAGGAACGCCCUGGUCAAGUUCUACAAUGUCCAAGGAGAACAUAUCUACACGUUAGAAACACCUGCCCAGCGCCCCAUCACCACCAUCUGCUGGGGCCAUAGAGACUCUCGUCUGUUUCUGGCAUGUGGCCCGGCGCUGUAUGUGGUGCGAGUGGAGCACCGGGUGGCCAGCCUGCAGCUGCUGUGCCAACAGGGCAUCGCCAGCGCCCUGCGGGAGGAGAGGGACGUGGGCAAACUCAACAUGCCCUCCUUACUCUGCUCCUAUGUCACCACCGCCUUCAUACCCACCAUCAAGCCUCCCAUUCCUGAUCCCAACAACAUCCGGGACUUUGUCAGCUACCCCACUGCUGGCAACGAGAGGUUGCACUGCACCAUGAAGCGAGCGGAGGACAACCCAGGGGCAGGGGGACCCUGUUACACCCUAUACCUGGAACACCUAGGGGGGCUGGUGCCUAUCCUCAAAGGCAGACGCAUCAGCAAGCUACGCCCAGAGUUCAUCAUCAUGGACCCCAAAACAGACAGCAAAGCAGGUGGGCUUGGCACAGGAAAAGACGAGGUGUGUGUGAAUGCUAUGAUCUCCUACAUGACUGACAGCUGUAACUGUUCUGACUCCAGCGACAUUGAGUUGAGUGAUGAGUGGGUUGGAAAGAAGUCGCCUAAACUAUCCAGAGGAAACAGGUCUCCCAAGCAUUCCAGGCGUAGAAGGAACAUGGAAUCAAGAAAAUCUCCCAAGACGUCUAGGACUAGUCAGGAAGGGCUUCGAUCGCCAAGGUUACCAACGAAGAAGCCUCUGAUUCGUUCUCCCAGUCUGACACGUCGAGAGAUGUCCAUGGAUGGAAUAUCUGAGCAUAAUUACCUGGCUCAAGUCACGUCCAAUAUUUGGGGGACUAAGUUCAAAAUUGUGGGACUUGCUUCUUUCUUACCUGCUAAUCUGGGUGCAGUUAUCUAUAAGACCAGUUUGCUCCAUCUACAACCAAGGCAGAUGACAAUCUACCUUCCAGAGGUGCGGAGAAUAUCACUUGACUUCAUGAGCCUGCCGGUCUUUAACCCAAACGUCUUCAGUGAGGAUGAGGAUGACUUGCCAGUAACGGGACCAUCUGGAGUGACAGGUGACAACCCUCCAUGUACGGUCAACAUCCCCAUCGCACCCAUCCACAGCCCCGCCCAGGCCAUGUCCCCCACUCAGAGCAUUGGUUUGGUCCAGUCCCUGCUGGCCAAUCAGAACAUUCAGCUGGAUGUCCUGACCAAUCCCACGGCUACGGCUUCAGCAGCAGCAGCAGCAGCAGCAGCAGCGGCAGCAGCAGCGGCCUCAGCCUCUGUUCUGGGGUCUGAUCAUGGUCAGGAUGCUGUGGCAGUACAUUACAGUGGGACUCUAGGAAGGUACUCUAACCCAGGACAGGUGAUAUUUAAUGGGCUAGAGAUGGGUCCCCUCCUGGCUGGAACAUUACCUCCACCUCCGCCUCCACAUAACCUCCCCCAACAACCUCACCAACAACGUCCUCAGUCACAACAGACCCACCAACAACAGCAGUCCAAACAACCACAGCAGAUACAAACGCAACAGCAGCAGCAGCAGCAACAACAGAGGAUGCAACAUCAACAACUACAGCACCAACAACCACAGAUUCCACAACAUCAACAACUACAGCACCAACAACCACAGAUUCCACAACAACAUCAACAACUACAACAGCUUCACAUACAGCAGAUCCAACAGCAGCAGCAGCAACAGACUCAGCAGCACCAAGCACUGCAACAACAGUACCAACAACAACAGGCGGCACUGCAACAGCAACAACAGCAGAUCCAACAGCAGCACCAACACUUGCAACAGCAGCAAAUCGCUCAGCAGCACCAGCAGAUGCAACUGCAGCACGAGCAAAUGCAUCAGCAGCAGCAACAAAUGCAGCAACAACAACAGCAGAUCCGACAGCAGAUUAUAGAGAUGAGGCAGCAACAGCAGCAGUUGCAGCAGCAGCAUCAGCAGAUACAACAGCAACACCAACAGAUGCAGAGACAGCACCAACAAAUGCAGCAGCAACUAAAGCUGCAGAUCACCUUGCCCCCUCCGCCUACUGGCUACCCCACCAUCUCUUUGCAGCAGUUUCAGGUACCCCACCCCAGUCCAGAGUUGGGACCAGAAAGAGGACAGCAGGGCCAUACUCAGAGCCAUACUCUGGGCAGGCCAAGUCUACCACGAUCCAGGCCUCCAUCAUUCAUUGAUGUAGACAGCAUACGGUCUAGACCUCCUUCCUUCCUUGAAGCAGACACAUCAAGAUCUAGGCCGCCGUCAUUCAUCGACAUAGACACAAUACGGACUAGACCUCCUUCUUUCAUUGAUGUAGAUACCGGUACAUUGCGAUCUAGACCCCCGUCUUUCCUCGAUGCAGACUCCUCCCGAUCUAGAACUCUUUCAUUCAUAGACACAGACACACUACGGUCUAGACCUCCUUCCUUCCUUGAUGCAGAGACUUCCCUUGAGAUCCAGAUGAGGAAGGUGAACGCUCCCCCGCCCUACCCAGGAACCGUAGUGUCUGCAGCCACCGCCACAACCUCCACCGCUCCUCAGACUCUCAUCACCAACUGUGACAACCCCAACAUACUGGUCACAGUAGACCCUUGUCUGAAGAAAGACGAGUUCUCACUCCAUCCAGUUGGUCUCCAGUACCAGAUGGGAUACGAGAGGAUCACAACCUUUGACAGCAGUGGGAAUGUAGAGGAGGUGUGUCGCCCUCGCAGAAGACUCAUACGCAACCAAAACGCCUACGCUGUUCAAGGCAUGGGAGGUUCUGCCACACUUAAAGUCACCUCAUCGUCUGACAGUAAGAAAAUCCAUCUUCCUUACAGCUCAGCGACUCUAAGCCGCCUCUCGGUGCCACGAUACUCCAUACCCAGCGGAGACCCGCCCCCCUACCCAGAUCCAGCCAAUCAGGUCAACAUUAACACGACAACACUUCCUCCUCCCCAACGCAUGGACAGUAGUCACAUGAUUCACGCUACCUUGCGACGUGACAGGCGAGAUGGGGAAUCCCGCUUGAAGGUGUCCCAGAUGGUUGAUGCUUCAAGGACUCUACCGUCCAAGUCGAAGAUCAACAGUGCUGCCCUAGCGCUCUCUUACCAGCAGAGAGUGCCAACAGCUCUGUAUACCUGCACUCAGUGCAGCAGCAACAGCAGCAGCACCAGUGUCAGUGUUAGCGGGGGUGGGAGUAGCAGCAGUGGCAUUGCAGGAGGCACUGUAGUGCGACAGGAUUUCCCACCAGGAAAAGGUGCUCAUCACAGCACCAUCAUUGUCCACUCCAAAAGCACUUCACCUCUUGCUUCUCAGUCAUCGUACAAUCUGCUGAGUCCUAUUGAUAACAGCAGGGAUAGGACUGUAUACGUGAACUCUGCCUUUACUGAAGACGAGGCAUUAAGUCAGCAGUGUCGUCACCUGACUCUUGGGGAGGUUAGUUUGACUCUGAAACGUCCUCCGCCAUACCAGUGGGACCCAAACACCGCAGAGGAGUUCUGGAUACCUCAAGAACAGACUAUCUUAGCUCCCCCUCCACCACCAACACACAAACCCCCACCCCCACUCAUCUUCAGCAAUGCUCAGCACCUGGACAUGACGCGGCUGCCUUUCCUACUCUCAACAAAACCCCCCAGCAGCCCAAGCACUGUUACUUUCCCAUCGGGUUACCAGAUCUCCCUGUCACCUUUCCCUCCAGGGGGAGGUCAGGGUGGACCCCCACUCCAGUCAAUACAGAGCCCUCCACCACCCUGCCCUCCCAACGAAGUAGUUGCCCCAGUUCCCCAGUUCACCCAGCAGGACCCCAACUUGGUCUUGCCACCUGGAUACCCUCCCAACCUUGCCAACCUGGCUUGCUGCCCUCUGCCACCGAUGUACCCAGGAGCUAGCUCCUGUGCCGGGCUUCAGCUGCAACCUGUUAGCCUGCACCCCUGGAACCCCUACAGCCUACCCAUGCAAGACCCCUCAGGCUCUGCCACCCUGCCCAGCAAGUCUCAUCAACUGUUAGAGAAGCCAGUCCUCUCCCCAUCUCCUCCUACAGUUCCUCCUCCCCCACCUCCUUCACUUCCUCCUCCACCUCCACCAACCAUGCUUCCAAAACCCAAAAGCCCUACAGAGGAGCUGACGGAAUCUGCCAGUAGCUUCCAGGAGCCGUCUUCUCUAAAUGAAAGCCCUGUUCCAGACCGGCAGGGGACUGACAGGUUCAGCAAGAAGAGCCGUAAACGUCUGGACAGCCGAGCUGAGGAGGCAAACAUGACCACCGUCUCAGAAGGAAAAUCCAAAAAGGAAGGGCGCGCCCUCUCCGACUUCAACUCCCUCAUCUCCAGCCCCAGGCUUGGCGGCAGGGACAAGAAGAAACCCAAAGGCCAGAGGGAGCAGCUGAACAAAACCAAGAAGCUCAACAGGACAAGUACCACCAGCGAGUUCCAGGACAGUUCCGAGAGUGAGCCCGAGCUCUUCAUCAGUGGAGACGAACUGAUGAACCAGAGCCAGAGCUCCAAGAAGGGCUGGAAGAGUAAGAGGAGCCUGAGGAUGGCCAGUGAACUGGAAGAGAUCAAGUGCAGGAAGGCCAAUGAGAGAGAGGACCGCGGGCUGGGCAGCCAGGGAUUCGUCUAUGUCAUGGCCAAUAAGCAGCCACUCUGGAACGAGGCAACACAGGUCUACCAGCUGGACUUCGGAGGACGGGUCACUCAGGAGUCUGCUAAGAACUUUCAGAUCGAGUUGGAUGGCAGACAGGUGAUGCAGUUUGGCAGAAUCGAUGGGAACGCCUAUAUCCUCGAUUUCCAGUAUCCUUUCUCAGCAGUGCAGGCCUUUGCUGUGGCCUUAGCCAAUGUUACUCAAAGGCUUAAGUGAGAGACUGCUCUCACCCAGCAAGCACCACAUAUGUGUCAUAUAUAUGGAUCUGUUCCAACCUAUACUGGUGCAUAAUGACAAAAUAAUCAGAGAUUAUGUUCCUGGGUUCUGUAACAUGGGACUGUCAAUUUAGUGCUUUGCAAGGACAACACGGUUUAUGGGGCUAUGAACAGUGGUGUAGUGGAGGGUAAACGCACGUAAACACCGUUUACACACCUUCUUUCUUUUGCGCGAGCUGAAAUAUGCAUUGAAAGUAUAGGGUGCGUUACUUCAGCGUUUACCCACCUAUUAUUAUGAUUUUUUUUUUACAACUACAUCACUGGCUAUGAAAUACACUUUAGUAAGCCUCAUAUAAAAACAUUUUAGAAGGUAAGUUACUCUCACUUACCGUAUCUAUGCUUCGGAUUUAAAAUCUGCCCUGUGGAGAAGUGCAAUUUUAAAAGACCUGAUUAAAGAAAAAGUGCAGUGCUGGACAAAAGUGUUGAAAUGAUGCAUUGUGGGAAAGGAGACCAUAUUGAUUGUGGAAAGACAACAAGAUGAGUUUGAAGGUAUUAGAGUUUAUUUAGAAGUUAUUUAUAACAUCACUUCUAUGAAGUGAUCCUAUAGGAAUAUCCACAUUUCCCUAAGUUGUGCCAUUAUUGACAAGCCAUUAUGUAAAUGUUAUUGUAUGACAACAUACAACAUUAAUUGGAACACAUUCAUAAAUAAAUUGUGACACCUGUAUAUUAUCAAUGUUAGACCUAACUUUCUGCCAAUCAUCUCUUUUAGUAGACCCUAUGAAAAACAAAAAUUGAACGCAUGUGUAAAUCCUUAUCAAAAAUGUUAAAAUGCAUGGAUCACGUUAUCUGGGACAAAGUUUAUACAGUAGAGAUCUCAUCUGCUGACAGAUCGGUCAACUCAUGUUAAAUCAUACAACAACAACAACAAAAAAGACAAGCUAACCUCUGAAUUAAUGUAACGUUAUGGUGUAUAAACUUGGUUGGCUCUGUGUUUUAGUCAGUCAUUGGUGGUGUUUAAAGAUGCUACUUGAACAUUGCAUUUGAAUGUGAAGUGCUUUGCCUCCUUGGAGUUGCUGCUGCUUUUUGAUAGAGAUUGUCCGCAUUAGUGCUAAUAGUGUCACAUGGUAUUGAAGACAUCAAAGUUAUCAUUUUUAUAUUUUCAGAUUUGAAUUUGUUUUUGAUUGACGGAUUAAUUUGUGAACAUGUUGUUCAGUAAUUAACAUGUCUGGUGCUGCUUUUUUUAAAAGUAUAUCUGCAGGUUUAUUUGAAAAGGUAUUGUAGACAAGUUAUGUGAUGAUUCAACUAUUCAAUGCUUAGCAUUGCUACUCUACUGUGUCAUACAGCAAGACUUCAAUGCGUAUUAUACAAUAGAGACAGUGUGUGUGGUGUGGUCAUUGUGUUAUUGUCAUCACCACCUAAAUUAAUAUUAUUGUAUUGCCUAGAUGGAUUUUUCUUAAAUUUUUUUCAAUUGUAUACAAUGAUUUUUGUCCAGACUAUAUAUCAGAAGAUGUAUCAUUGAAGAUAGGUCUAACUGAUUUCCAAACACUUAAUAAAAUGUAUAACAUUGAAAACACA